GUCCUGACCGGCGGAACCGGAAGAGAAAACCGCAGGGAUUAGUGUGUUUACAACUCCUAGCAUCCUGGGUGCAUCAACCUGCCAUCAGACACAUGCAAUUUGCAUUUGCAAGCUGGUGGGCUUAGCCUAUCGUAUAACAGCUUCUCUUUUAGCUUUCUUUCCUGGAUUGUUGUUUAGGUGGUGGUGGACUCUUGUUGUUCUGGAACCGUCGCAGCGUCGGGCCACCCACCAUCUGUAGAAGUGGGACAAGGGAACAGAUGGCGCAUCCAAGCCGGGCUGCAGGGUUGCUGACGCUGAGCGUUCGUGCAGAACUGGAGAUCAGUAUCAAUCAUUAAAAUAAAGCACUGCCGCCGUAUACAGCACAGUGCGUUUUUCAAGGUUACCAAUGCCAAUGUGGUUGCGAUAGAAGCGAGGGUAGGGGGACUGGAAGCAUCGUAUGUCGACCAAAUUGAGGCGCAACGAUCGGGCGACGAUUUGACCGCUGGCAUCAACUUAAUCCCUUCUGACGUGUCUCUGUCUCGGUGAACAAUGGUUGACAAUCGCUACGCCACAGCUCUGGUCAUCGCCUGCGUGCUGAGCAUCAUAGCCACCGUGUAUCUGUCGGUGGCAAUCGGAACGCAGCACUGGUACCAGUACAGCAGCCCCACGGUGCGCGGAGAGGCCAACAUUUCCGAGUUGCGCUCGCUGUACGAGGAGUUCAUAGACGGAGAAUUCGAUGAGAAAACCUACAGCGACACGUUGUUCCGUCUUAACGGGACUGUGGGCCUCUGGUGGCGGUGUGUGCUUGUUCCUGCCAACGCUCACUGGUACAAAGAGCCAGGUGCCAAGAUGGUGCUGGAGUGUCGAGGCUUCACUCUACCUCAACAGUUUACUCCAAAGUACAAAGAACCAGGGAACCACAACAGCGGGGAGGACAUGGUGCGCACAUAUCUGUGGAGGUGCCAGUUUCUGCUGCCGUUGGUGUCUCUGGGUCUAGUGGUGUUGGCAGGUCUGACUGGAUUCUGUGCCUGUCUGUGCCGAAGCCUCACACCAACUCUUGGAAUAGGAGUGCUUCACAUGCUGGCUGGUCUCUGCACCUUAGCCACAGUGUGCUGCUACCUGGCGGGGAUGGACCUGCUCCACAGGGUGUCGAUGCUACCCGACAAAGUGGACGGCUCUCUCGGCUGGUCGCUGUACCUGGUCCUCAUUUCUUCACCUCUCCACAUGAUGGCUGCCGCCCUGCUAGUGUGGGCGGCGCGCAGCCAUAGUCAGAACUACUACCGCAUGACUGCCUACCGGGUGGCAUAAACUGAGAUUUAGCUCUGGAUCUUAAGCCCUGUUUAGAGUCUGACACCAAGAUUCGUUUUCUUAAUGAGUUGUGGGGGUUUUAAGAUAAGAAGGCAUGACCCCGUGAACUGCAUACCUGGUAUCAGAGUGCCAGAUAAAUUUAAAAAAAAAAAUCUUGUUUGGAAGAAAAGUAAAAGCAAGUUCUUAAAUGACAGUUUACACAGGUUUCAUGUGUACUGACUCCAGUUUUCCUUCCUUCUCAUCCCAUCUUAUCAGAUUACAGAGAUUUUGUGAUAUUGCUGUUCUUCCUGUUUGUCAUAAGGGCACAUGCGUACUGCACAUUUUUAAACAUCUUUGAUCUGUUGAAAAUUGAACAGGAUUUAAUUUUAUCUUUUAAAAACGUCACAGUUGUUGUCAUAGUUUUCUUCAGUCCAAUAUAAAUCUUCCAUUGUAAAAAUAUAAUCAAGUCAACUGACGUAUAAUGGAAAAUAUUUUAACUUGCACAAUUUUUGUUGAUUUUGUUGAUGACGUAUUUCGCAAAGGAAGUCAAAUUUGUAGGGUUUUUUAAAUUUAACCAAAAAAAGCUGCACACUGACUACUGUUCCUUGAUAUGUGUGAUUUUUAUCAUUUAAAUGGCGAUGACAGAAGGCACUUUAGUGAUAAGUAAGCACACUUAGUAAUAAAAGAAGUACUAGAGUCUGGGAAAAGUGUGUAUUUACAGACCUCUGCUGGUGAAAUUUUCUAGUCUGCCACACGUGAUUGCAGCUGAAUGUGAUGACGUUCCUGUUCGUUGCACUUGAAGAAUGUGGCCACAGGUUUGUUGUAUUUACACAAUGUUCCCAUGACUAGAAUUUAAUUUACAAUUCUGUUUCAAAUCCUCUGUUGUUGUUGUUUUUUUACUUAAGUUUAUUUAUUUAUUUAUUUAUUGUUUAUGGUAGUUAUUAUGUUCAGACUGUGUGUAUAAUUUGUUUACUACACGAUGUAUGUAUUGCAUUGCUUUGUUUGCUUUUUGAUCACAUCAUGUUGUGACUGAUUUUUGUAGAAAAAAGUGAAAACCACAGUAGUGCUCAUUUACUUUUUUUUUUUUUUUAGUUGAGCACAUACAUUCAUGAAAGUAAUUUUCUUAGUUCAUAUUUGGGUGUUUUUUGUUGUUUAUUUGAUCGAUGUAUGUCCCUCAGCUGACGGAUUAAUGUGCUGAAAAACAAACAAACUGUUUUAGUCUCAUUUCCCUGGUUGGCACUAUGAAUGUACUUUAAAGGCCAUAUUAUGAUAAGCUACAGCAUUUCUUUGCACCUAAAUUAAUUUCAAACAUAUUCUGACAAUUGCUGUAGUAAUCAGUAGUGAAUUUCUAUAUUUUUAAAAUGUAAAUAUUAAAAAAAUUACAUUUGGAGAGAAAAAAUACCACUAUUACCCACAAAUUCAUGAUAUCUGUUUGUGAAAUAUCACUGCUGAUAAAGAUUUAUGAGCUUCAUGAAUAUCUGAAAUGAUGCACUGUUCGUCUCAUUAUGAAACACAUUGUAUUUUACACAUUCACCCUUUAAAUACUGGAAACUCAAUCCCUGAAUGCACACUACCAUGUGUUGUUUGUGAAAGAGUGCUUAAUCCCCCUGUUAUGAGCUGCAGCAGUUGAUAACUGUGUAUUUAAAUAUCGUGUGUGACACAUGUCACCAUUUCAAUAAAAAGUUUUGUAAAAACUGAA